ACUUCCGGUAAAAAAGCUCAUUGUUUACCAUUUCACAUGAAGUAUUGAACGUUCAGCCUCCUUGUUGAUUUAAGGCAUUUUCUUUUAUGCCAGCGCGGGCAAGGCGCGCUUUGUUUUGUGAACCCUACAAGCCCUCUUGGGCAGGUCUUCAGGAGGCCCGACAUAAUAAACGAGACGUAAGACAGCAUUUGCUCAACUUCCAUUCAAAGUAUUUACACAAGUUGUAAACUUAUGACGCUAUAUGUUUUGAACAGACACUGAAAUAUUUUGUAUACAGUACUUGGUGCCCCACAUUUUUUUAUCAAUGCUACCUGUCACUGUAGUACAAAAUGGCAUUGUUUUAUAGCCUGGUACCAGACCUCUUGAUUCUUCAUUUUAAUUAAACUCUGAAUAACCGAUUAAAAACAUCUGCAAUGAAAUGACUAAAAAUGGCAAAAAUCCACCUAAAAAGCUACAUCUUCAUCGUCGUUUCGUUAUGUCAUAUCAAUCCAGCUGAGAGUCAAAGCGGUCAUCAGGCGACAUUGGUAACAAGAAAGGUUUUCUUUGAUUUGUUAAUAGGAGGCAGACCUGCAGGUCGGAUUAUCUUUGGAUUGUUCGGGGUAACAGCUCCCAAAACGGUUACAAAUUUCGUUUCGUUGAGUGACCACGAGUUUGGCUAUGGAUAUAAAGGAUCAAUAUUUCACAGAUCUGUUAGGAAUUUCAUGAUUCAAGGUGGAGAUUUUACAAACGGAGACGGAACUGGAGGUAAAAGUAUCUACGGGAAAUAUUUCGCAGACGAAAAUUUCAUCAUUAAACAUUAUGGAAGUGGUUGGUUAUGUAUGGCAAACGCCGGUAAAGACACAAACGGUUCACAGUUUUAUAUAACACUUGCAAGAACUGCUUGGCUUGAUGGUCAUCACACAUGCUUUGGAAAAGUUCUUAAAGGAAUGGAAAUUGUGAGGAAAAUCGAGGAAAUACCAACAGACAAUCAAAGCCGGCCAAAAUCCACAGUGAAAAUCGUAAAUUCCGGAAUUCUUGCACUGGACAGGCCAUUUGAAGUUCCGAUGACAAAUGCUUAAAAGCAAACAGUCACCGUAUAUUGUAGAGUGAAUUAGGCAGAAAAAUGUUUAGUCCGCUUUCAAAAAUCAUGUCAGUUACACUUGAACAGUUUGAAUUUUUUAACAAACCUUGAAGUCUCAUUAGAUGAUUUUUGCAUCAAUAGCUAUAAGCUUCAAUAUUUAGAAAUCGCACUUAUUACUUAUAAUUUCAAGAUAGACAUUUAAACUAGUUCGUUUGGAACUCAUCCUAAUAACAUAAACAACAAAUCGAAAAGCAUCCUGCAACGAAAAACGACCAUGAAAAUCGGGUCUCGGAACUGUUAAUUUGCACCGAACGGUCAGUGGCUCUGCAAAGAUCGCCACUUUGCCGAAUUUUUCUCCAGUUGAUCAUACUGCAAUUAGGACAAGAGCUAUAAAUACUUCAACACUGAUAAAAGAGUAAAAAAGGAAGUGAUAUAUAGGUCUUGUUUACAAAUGCUUUGCUAUGCAUUGUUUGACCGGUUUAAUGUCUAUAUUUUUGAAAUGGUGGUUUUGAAAUUUUCCACAAAUAAAUUUAUGGAUUCCCUGACAGGCUUUUCAGCAGAAAAUACUAUAUCAAUAAACGCCAUUUUUAGGGUGGAAGUACUUGAGUU